UCUGAAUGUCUGAUCAGUGAUUGGUACCAAUUCAUUUUUAUAUUAUUUGCUUUUGAGUUUUGUUAUAGAUAGGUACUAUUAUUAUUCAAAAAACAUACAAAUUACGAUAGUCAUUUUAGUUUUGUGUUCCGAGUCGAAAACUGUUUGCGGUCACCGGUUGUCGAUUUUGUGCUUUAAUUUUGUUUGUUUUGGACGUUCGUCUAAAAAAUAUUAACAUCAGCCGCUAUGUCGUCUAAACGGAAGGUGUGCAUUUUGGGAUCUGGAAACUGGGGAUCAGCUAUAGCGAAAAUAAUCGGCACAAAUGCAGCUCGUUUGGACUCAUUUGAUUCGUGCGUUAAGAUGUAUGUUUAUGAAGAAAUGGUUGACGGAAAGAAAUUGACCGAGAUAAUCAAUACGACCCAUGAAAAUGUAAAAUACCUACCUGGAAAAAAGUUGCCUGAGAAUGUGGUUGCCGUACCUGAUGUUGUGGAAGCUGCCAAAGACGCCGAUAUUAUCGUAUUUGUUAUUCCUCAUCAGUUCAUCCCGAGAUUGUGUUCCAGCCUUGUGGGCUUUAUAAAACCAACAGCCGUAGGACUCUCGUUGAUCAAGGGAUUUGAUGUAGCGCCCGGUGGAGGAAUAGACCUCAUCUCGCAAAUUAUUAACAGGCAGUUAAAAAUUGAUGUUUGUGUUCUGAUGGGUGCCAAUUUGGCUAACGAAAUUGCAGAUGAGAAAUUCAGUGAAACCACUAUUGGAUGCAGAGACAAACGUAUUGGACCGAUUUUGAAGAAUUUGAUUCAGACCGAUUACUUCCGUGUAUCUGUUGUCGACGACGUCGAAGCUGUAGAAAUUUGCGGAGCUUUAAAAAACAUUGUGGCCGUAGGUGCUGGAUUUGUCGACGGCUUGUUGUUAGGCGACAACACAAAAGCCGCAAUCAUACGUAUCGGACUAAUGGAAAUGAUUAAGUUUGCCGAUCAAUUCUAUGCUGGUGCUCGACUAUCUACGUUUUUUGAAUCAUGCGGAGUCGCUGAUUUGAUCACGACCUGUUAUGGCGGCAGAAACAGACGUGUGUCUGAAGCUUAUGUAACCUCAGGAAAGUCUAUUGAACAACUUGAAGCCGAAAUGUUAAAUGGCCAAAAGCUUCAAGGUCCAAUUACAGCAGCCGAAGUGAAUUUUAUGCUCAAGAACAAAUCAAUGGAAAACAAAUUUCCUUUGUUUACAACUGUUCACAAAAUUUGUAUUGGUGAACUAAAACCGAAAGACUUAAUUGAACAAUUGAAAUUGAACUCCGAAACGUCUGAAAAAUUUAAUUUGGACAAGUGUAACCUGGAUUCCGAAACCGCUGGCGGAGAAUAAUUCCAAUUUGGUACUUUUUAUUUCGUGCCAACAACAACUAGGUUGCUAUUAUUAUUAACUAUGGUUUAAAAAAAAUGUGUCUUAUUUUAUAUCACUGUUGAAUUGAUCCUUUUUGUUGUAUGCACAUUGUUUUUUGUUAACGUCUUAUAGUAUACACCAUAUAUUUGUUAUAGUUUUUAUUUUUAUUUAGACUGUGCCAUAAAUGUUAUACGAGAAAAAUGUGUUCUCUUGACUGCUUGUUUGCACUACGUCGAAGAACAAUUAUUGCACCAAUUUAUGUUACCAAAAAAUAAAUUUGUAUACACACAAUAAAAAAAAAUUAAUAAUCUA